AAGAACAAGAAUUAAUUUCUCAUUCUUCAGAAAACAAAGAGAAAUUAGUUAAAGUAGCAUUAAUCCAAAAUGAGUGCAGCAUACUCAAUUAUGGACUUAUAGAGCACAUUGAAGGAGUAUUACAAAAGGAGCCAAAAGCCCAUAUUUACAGAGCUGGAGUUGCAAAUCACCCAGUUCUUCUAAAAGUUGCCACUGUUGAACCACAG